CCAGGCCCAGGGCCCACCGCCCCAUGCGGAGGGGCUCAUUGUCCACCCCGCGCACCCCUGUGGGGCCUCUGUGCGGCGCCCCUCCCCGUGCCAGCCAGGGGGGCCAGGGACAGACAGCGGCGGGGUAGCGAUCAACCGCGAGUCAGCUCGCCACCAGUCAGCUGUGGGCCGUGGGCGUCAGACGGAGCACAGCGGCACGCCCCGCGCAGGUAGGCACUCCUCGCCGCCGCCGGUGCGGCUGCUGCAGGACGACGACACCAUACACCCAGGACGCCGUCGACAGAAUGCACUCGCUGUCCAGCACCAUGGAGCCGAACCGAGAGCAGCAGCAGCAGCAGCUGAUCGCCAUGACAUGACCUGCGGGCGGUGUGGUGGUCGCCGAGGCUUCGAGACGCGGGCGGCAGGAUGUGGACAGAGACGCCAAGAUGAGCGUCGCCCACAGCACCCAGAGCAGUGCCCCGGGCAGCGCCCAGGGUAGCGCCAAGGGCAGCGCCAAGGGCAGCAUCCAUGACAGCACCCAGGGCAGCACCCGGGGCAGCACUCAGGGCAGCACAGAGAAGCUUGUCACCGUCAGCAGCAGAAAGGCAGGGCUACGCCGGCUGCUGGACGGUGAGAGCCGCCGCCUCCUGCUCGUGGCCGCGGCCCUGGGCCUGCUCGUGCUCGUCCUACUCGUCAGCCUCAUCGUCGUCUCCUCGCUGUACUACACGAGCUCCCGCCUCUGGAGCCACGAGGAGUGUCGCACCGAGGAGUGCGUGCUGUCAGCCGCCAUGCUGCUGCAAGGGAUUGACCCGGCCGCCGACCCCUGCCAGGACUUCUACCGCUACGCGUGCGGGCGCUGGCCCAAGGCGCACCCGGUGCUCGACUCGCACAUCUACAACUCGUGGUUCCUGGAGCGGCAGGACGCGCAGCAGCGGAGGGUCAUCGACGUGCUGCAGAUCAACGUGACGGACAGCGACCCCGAGCCCGUGGUCAUGGCGCACCGCUUCUACAAGUCGUGCGUCGACACGGAGCAGCUGGAGGAGCUGGGGCUGGACCCCAUGCUGGACCUGCUGGCCAACCUGUCGCUGCCCCGCGGCAUGCCCAACAACGUCACGGUGCGGGGCUGGCAGCUCGCCAAGACCCUGGCGGCAGCGCAGCGCUUCAUCAGCAAGGACAUCCUGGUCGAGAUCGGCCUCGAGAAGGACGACACCAAGCCCGAUAAUGAGACUCUCAUCAUGCACCUGCUGCCGCCCCAGAACAACAACCCCCUCCCCGACAGCGGCCUCCUGGCGGCUCGGCUCGUCGUCGACGACCCGGAGCGGCCGCCCUGGCCGCACGUGGGGCCGAGCGCCGAGCCCGCGGGGCUGUCCUCCAAGGAGCUGGUCGUGCUGCGCAUCUCGUACAUGGCCAAGAUCAUGGCCAUCGUGGACGCGGCGGCCAACGCGGAGAACCCAGACUUCGAGAUCAACACGACGGAGGUGUCGACGCAGGCGCUGCGACUGCUGCUGCUCGACUCGCAGCUCAACUCGGCCACGUCGCAGAGCAAGGACCCCGCCGGAGAGAAGCCGCUCCGCACGACGUUCCGGGAGCUGCAGCAGAUGAUGCUCAACGCGACGAUGCAGCCCGAGGCGCCGCCGACGUCGUCCUCCGCCGCCCCCGACGCGGAGGUGCUGCUCACCACGCCGAUGGCGGCGGACUCGGGGGCCACCACUGCCGCCUCGACGGCGGCCAGUGCGUCGCCGGCCGCCGAGGCUGCCCCUGCCGGCGGGGCGCCCGCACAAACUGGACUCACGAUUGACUUUGCCCAGUACCUGGAAGUGCUCUUCGAGGGCCUCAACGCCACUAUUGACGUGGACAAGGACCCCAUCCUGGUGACGGACCCAUCUUAUUUCAAGGCCAUGGCUGUGAUUCUGCACCGAUCGAAGCCGGAAAACAUACAGCGCUUGGUGUGGUGGAAAGUGGUGGAGACAGUUUCCCCACACACGGUCCAGCUCUUCCGAGACAUGAAGCACACCCUGCUGUCUACUGUUUACAAGGGUCUCCAACCCUCAUCCAGGACCAAGUUCUGCGUGCGCGCCGUCAAGACGUUCAUGCACAUGGCGGUGAGCUACCAGAUGGCGGUGGUCAACCCCCUGCGCGACACCGUCAGCAAGGUCCGGGAGAUGCUGGCGGACAUCACGGCGGCCUUCAGCGACCUGGUGCACGCCGUGCGCUGGAUGGACGCCGAGACCAAGCGCGCGACGCUGGACAAGGCGGCCGCCAUCCGGGCCUUCAUCGGCUACCCGGAGUGGCUGCUGGAGGCGGGCGAGCUGGAGCGCUUCUACGAGGGCGUGCGCAUGCAGCCCGACCAGUUCCUCUGGAACAUGCUCAACAUGAAGGCGCGCGAGGUGCGCACGCUCCUGGCCACCAUCGCGCCCAAGGACAAGAAGGACCCGGCCGCGGAGAAGGACAAGGAGCGCUGGGCCACGGACCCCAUCGAGGUGAACGCCUUCUACAGCCGUGCCAUCAACUCCAUCGCUAUCCCUGCAGGGAUCCUUCAGGUUCCAUUUUACUAUCUGGGCUUGGAGGUGCUGAACUACGGCUCUAUCGGUGCCAUCCUGGGCCACGAGCUAACGCACGGCUUCGACAUCGAGGGUAAAGAGUACGACAAGAAGGGGCUCCGCAACUCGUGGUGGCGCCCCGACGUCACCAAGGAGUACAACGACCGCGCGCAGUGCUUCGUCAAGCAGUACGACACGUACAACGUGACAGCGACGCAGAGGGUCAAUGGCAGCUUCACGCUGGCCGAGAACAUCGCGGACAACGGCGGCGUCCGCGAGGCGUUCCUGGGCUACCGGCGGUACACGGACCGCCACGGCCGCGAGCCCGCGCUGCCGGGGCUCAACAACUACUCGCACGAGCAGCUCUUCUUCCUCGCCUUCGCCAACGUGUGGUGUCACAACUCGGACGCGCAGUUCGACGCGCUGCAGCUGCGGGACUCGCACAGCCCCGCCCGCUUCCGCGUCAUCGGCGCCCUCUCCAACUUCCCCGAGUUCGCAGAGACUUGGAGCUGUCCCGCGGACAGUCCCAUGAACCCCACCAAGAAGUGCAUCAUUUGGUAGGGGCUGCAGCCCACCCGUUGUGGCCCACCCCUUAUCACAAAUAUCCAUCAAAGCUGUCCAAAUAAUUGUGCAUCAUAAAUGUGAUAUCGUCAUGAUGCUUUUAUCACAAAAUAACUCGAAUCUUCGUUGUUAUGAUGUAUAUUUUACAAAUAUGUUUCAAAAAUUUUCAUACUUACAAUAUGGACUGAUUAUUUAAUUAAUAUAAUAUUAAUCUAGUCGUGUUAAUUAACCAAAUCGUCGACUGUUUUAUUACAACGUGAGUAAAAAUAAUGCAACUAAAUCUUCGCCAGAC